GCGAUCUUCGGCAUCGCGAGACAAUGUUUGUAUAUUUUUGAGUGCUUCGACUCGAUGGUACUGGCAUAGGCUGACAAAUGUGUGCAUUUUGCCCCUGGAUGACAAAUCUCCUUCCCCACCGCAGUAGCCAAGUUCAUCACUCGAAUCUCACCAUCCCAGGUUUCACGAAAGGAGGCUUGGAAAGCGUGGCUUACUGAUGAAUGACGAUGGGUCCCAUGGCUAUAAAGCCCCAGAGGGGCUCGGAGAAUGGGGUUGCUGUCGAGCCUGAGCGACCUCAACACACCUUCUCUGAACCCCAUGGCAUGGAUUCGUGAUUGCUACAGGAGAACCUCUUACAUUUCCAUCUGAUUCAGUCUCGACUACUUGGAAUCAAUAUGGCUACCACCGUACCACCGCAGCACACCGCAGUGGUUAUUGUAGCCCCACGUGCGCCUCUUGAGACGGUGCAAGUCGACACCAUUGCCCCGUCGACAGACGAGGUCCUUGUCCGCGUGGACUGGUUCGGCUCGACACCUCUGAACCUGCACCAAGCAGAUGGCGGGCUGCUCAUCAAGCCACCACACAUCAUGUCUGGUUGCUUUGCUGGUACGGUGGCUCAGCUCGGAGACCUGAAGGACCCUUGCCUAUCCGAGUCCUCCAAGGCUCUCAGGGUAGGUGACAAGGUGUUUGGCUUCGCGUUCCAACAGGACAAGCAGCGGCCUAUGCAGACGUACAUUACCGUCCCGGUGACCUUCCUCGGCAAGAUCCCUGCCAACAUCUCGGCACAGGAGGCAGUCACCAUCCCCAGCAACUUCUGCACGGCCAUGCACACAAUCACCAAGGACCUGGGGUUGGAGCUGCCAUGGCCCGUCCCAGAGAAGUGGGAGUCGCCCGAGGCCGACAAGCCAAUCCUGGUGUGGGGCGCCGCGGGCAGCGUCGGACAGUAUUCUUUGCAAGUGUUGAAGCACUGGGGAUAUCGAAACGUCCUGGCGGUGGCGAGCGCCAAGCACCACGACUCCCUGAAGGAGCUCGGCGCGACCGCUGUCUUUGAUUACAACAACCAAGACUCGGUCAAGUCACUGUCGUCUGGGCCACACAUCCCGUACAUAAUCGACUGCAUCGGCUCGCUGGAGGGCACCCUGAGGCCGCUGAGCAAGAUCGCGGGGAAGGGAAGCAGAGUUGCAGUUAUGCUGCCCGUUGUUGUGAGCCCGGCGAGUGCCAGCAAGGCGCCGCUUUACGAGAUGGACGUGAGCAAUGUGCUGGUGGGACAGUGGAAGGAGGGCGUGGAGCUGAGGGGCGUGAGGACCCAUUUCUAUCAGGACAAUGACUUCUUCAAGUAUCACUUGCAGCCGGAAAUAAUGCCUGCACUCCUACAGGGAGGCAUGAUCCGGCCCAACAAGCAGAGGCUUGUGGAGGGGAAAACGCUGCUGGAGAGGGCGGAACAGGCGCUGUCUCUGUUCAGGGAGGGAUCUGUCAGCGGAGAGAAGGUUGUGUGGAGGGUUGCUGAUGAGUAAAAUGCCGUGCAAGGAAGUACAUGCAAAAGUAAAAAAAAAAGGUGGAAAUGUCAACCUCAACAAUCCAGUGGGUGGCGUAUUUGUGUCCCUGACAGCCGAAACAGUUCUAGUCUGUCGCGUCGACGCCUCGUUCCAUUUCGUGCGUGGGGGGAGGGGAUGCGGCGCGCCGCACGCGGCAUCUCGAUGGGCGU